CCUCCCCCUCCUCCCCCUCCUCCUAUAUUGCCAGGACUUGGAGGCCCACCCCCUCCAGGCUGUGGGCCUCCUCCUCCCCCUCCUCCACCAGGAGCCAUCUGUGUUCCUCCAGCUCCUCAAGGGACUCUGGGUUCCCUGCCUCCUCCUCUGCCACUGGGGCUAUAUGCUCUGGGUCUUAAUCAGGAGAAACCACCCAGGAAGGCUGUGGUGGAGCCACCUAGACCCAUGAAGCCUCUCUACUGGACAAGGAUCCAGCUGCACACCAAAAAGGAGGUUUCUUCUUCAUUGGUGUGGGACACAGUUGAGGAGCCUGAUGUGGACUUUGAUGAGUUUGUAGAAUUGUUUUCAAAAACAGCUGUAAAGGAGAAGAAACAGCCACUCUCUGACACCAUUACCAAGUCAAAGGCCAAACAGGUUGUGAAGCUCCUAAACAACAAGCGCUCUCAAGCAGUAGGAAUCCUCAUGUCCUCCCUGCACCUUGACAUGAAAGAUAUUCAGCAUGCAGGGCUACAAGGCUCCGCAAGAACAUUGCAGAUGUCUGCGUGCAGGGCAAAAAUCUGUGUCCGCUCAUCAGCACAUCAAGCCUCAACAGUGCAUGUGACCGUAUGUGGACCAAAGGUUGAACUAUGAAUAGGAUUACAUGUGCAUUCCUCAUUU